AAAUUAUAAAACCCUAACCAAGGUUGAAGAAAGCAAGAACGAAGAAGGCAGCAGAGCAGGUCUGAAGUGAAGAAGACGGAAACCACCGCCGACGUGGAGACGCCGAGACUCCUAAUCGCCGUGAGCCGACAGAGACAUCCAGACUGUUCAGUGUUAAGACUCCAGUUUUGCAGAUACUUGUGCUUUGAUAACUAAAUUCAACGAUACAUAUCCUGAGCGGGUUUGCCUCAGAUGAAGAUAUUGCAAGCUAAUGCUGGGCCACUUACAAAUUUUGAAGUGCUGGAAUUUCUACGAGGUCGAGGAGCUGGAAAAGAUCAAACACGGCUUUUGUUAUCGAUAAAGCAAUCAGAAUUCAAGGUUUUUGACUAUUUGGAACAAAGCCAGGCUGGCUAUGAGACAUUGGAUACUAUUAAAGAGUUUUUGGAGAAGAGCAAACCUUAUAACCUGACAAAGGCUGAGAUUCUCAACAUCCUCAACACUAGGCCUUCCUCUGUUGCUGAAAUUAAUCCGAUAAUAUAUGAUUGGGACCGAAGAAAGUUGGUUCUCGAUGACUUGGUGGAGGUAGUGGUAGAAGUAUUGCCCGGUCCUCCUCCAACAGAGAAUGAGGGUGAAGAUGAGGGUGAAGACGAGGAUGGGAUGGAGACUGAAGACAAACAAUGAAGUAGGGUAUGGUUUAUGUUUACAUCAUUUGAAUUCAUAUUAAUACAGAGUUUUAUUUGUACUGUUAGAAAAUUGAGAUGUCUAUUAUUGGUAUCAAAAUAAUCCCCAGAUUGAUCCUUGAUUAGU